CAGCCUCGUGGUACCGCAGGACAGCUGAUUCCAGCGUUCUCCAUUUCCCCCGUACUUGCUGAGCGGGAAGCAUGGCUUUAAAGAAUGACAGCACCUUGGGGCGCAUCGCUAGUAUCCCUCUGUUCAACUCGGCUUAUCAGAUCGCUGUGUUCACCUACACGGACAUAAAAGGUACCCACCCCGUGGUGGGUUUCUUCUGUGGCAUGGCAGAGCGCAGCGUGAGCACCGUGGUGGGGGUGGCUGUGAUGGCAGCCACUCCCGUCGUGCAGAGGCUGGAGGUGCCAAUAGCUGCAGUUAAUAGCUACACACUGAGAGGCGUGGCCGAGCUGGAGGCGAGAUUCCCCAUUCUGGAUCAGUCAGCGGACGAGGUCCUCGGGAAUUUGCGAGGCAGCCUGGCUGCCGGCCUGGAGCAGCUGCAGGCCCGCACCGCCGAGCGAGUGGGCCGGCUGACGGAGCGGGCCAGUGGGGUGGUGGAGGACGUGAUGGGCGUUGCGGCCUUGGGGGUGAGCAUCGUCCUGAACGCCAGCGUCAUCGGCCAAGUGCUGGAGCCCAGGGCCGAGGCAGCGCUGAGCCGCAUGGAGCAGAUCGCGAACCACUAUCUCCCUGCCACAGAGGAAGAAACCAGAAGGCAGGUGCCAAGCCUCAGAGGCGUGAGGCAGAGCCCGGAAAGCGAGCAGACCUAUGCCAGGCGGCUGCAGCUUGUGAUUGCUACCUCUGCCCGGCGAGCGAACCGGAGAGCGUGGUCAUAUGCGGAAGAACUAUGGCGUUUGAUGCUCUGGGCCCUGAACCAGCUGCUGGAGUUUGCUGCCGAGCUGAGACGUCGACUCCACCACGCUCUGGUUGCUCUGACUGAGUCGAGUGGCUCAGAUCCAAGCCCCCAGCCUGGCUUCCCCCAGCAUCCCACCCCCGUCCAGCUCGUCCAAAGGAGGCAAUCAAGCUCGGGAGGCACAAGCAGCAAGCACAGCGUCCAGGAUGGGAGCGGUCACAGGUCCACCCCGUCGCCAACCCAGAGAGGGCUCCCCGCCACCCUGAAUCGGGAUCCCCUUGCCAAGAAGACUCACUCUCCACCCCCUGUGGCCAGCCAGCUCUGGGAGGGCAGGGACCUCUCCUCCUUGGGCAAAGAGAUGUGAGCAUGCAGCCAGGACAUCCGCCCCCCCUUCUCUGCCACAACCGCCGGGAGCGGGGCGGGAAGUGGGAUUUGCAUCCUGCAGGGC